AAAACUUCUGAGAUUCUUAUCGACACGAAUGGCGUCCGAGAAAUAAUAGACACCGAAAGUGGUCUCAAAUACGGAAAAAUAAGCGCUUUAUUUGUUAAGGAUAUAAACGAAAACUGUUUCACUUCUGACGGAAAGUUUUUAAUAUUGAAUUGUUUUACUGAACUUCAAUUAGUCCUCUGUUUGUUUGAUCUGAAAACUAAACAAUUGAUUCCAAUUGAGUUUCCGCUGCCAUCUAUUCAAGUCCUGGAUCUGAUCGAUAAUGUCUUAAUAGCCGUCGGCUCUGCGCUCAACACUAAACCCAAUAUAUUUGUCGGUAAACUUAAUUAUAGCGAUAAUACAAAACCAUGGGUUGAGUGGAAGGAAAUGGAGACCAAUUCACGCGAUUCGUUGAAAGACAUAUCGGUUGACAACUUUUAUAUCCCGAGUGAAGACCCAAACAAAUUGUUGACAGCAAUUCUGGUCAGUCCUAAAGCGGUUGAAUCACAACCGACGGCCACUAUUGUUAUGGCUCACGGGGGACCUCACGGCCAGUACUUCAACACCUAUAUGUCAUAUCCCUCUCUAUUAGCGAGACUUGGGUUUAAGUCAUUAUUAAUCAACUACAGAGGAUCUCUUGGCGUCGAUGACAACUAUGUGAAUGAUCUGAUUGGACACGUGGGCGACAACGAUGUCCGCGAUGUCGUUCAUUGCGUUCAAUAUUUGAGUGACAAAAGUCUUAUCGAUUCAUCGAAACUGGUUUUGUGGGGCGGAUCUCACGGCGGCUUUUUGGUCGCACAUCUGAGCGGACAGUACGCGCACAUGGAUUUCAAGGCUUGCAUUUCCCGCAAUCCUGUCAUAGACUUAACAUCGAUGUCGGACGCGACCGAUAUUCCCGACUGGUGUGAUGUCGAGACUUUCGGUGACUCUAAACUAUUUGCUUUCAACACCCCAUUAGACUCGAACUCAUUAAUCAUGAUGUUUGAAAAGUCGCCCAUUAAUUGCAUAUUAGACGUGAAGGUUCCGACGCUUAUAACAUUAGGUAAACGUGACCGUCGGGUGCCGUGGACUCAGGGUCUUAAAUAUUACCGCAUACUGAAGGCAAGGGGUGUGAAGACCCGGUGCCACGUAUACGAUGACAAUCACAGUUUGCAAAAGGUUGACGUCGACGGCGACUGUUUCGUCAAUAUCUGUCUCUGGAUUCUCGAGAAUUUAAAC